AUGGAGCUCGACAUGCUAUUCAUACAGGAAGCGCCCUAUACCUUCUACAAGAUGCCAGUCCUACAUCCUCAAUGGAGAAUAUUCAAAACAAUAAACACAGAUACCGAGGUCAAGAAGCGCAGCCUGAUAUAUACAUCAACAAAUGAAUCUCCACUUCAGCCUACAGACAAGUGCAAUGCGACAGCCCGCACGCUACUGAAAUCCAAAUCCAAACAGAAUCUGAUCCGAUCCUGA